AUGGCGCGGAUGGUGGCGCCGUCGGGCCACGGCCGGGGCCGCGAGAGCGCUGCCGCGGCGCGCGGGGCGGGGGCAGCUCAGUGCGCCCAGGCUGGACGUCACGGCCUGCUUCAUGAUGGCCACGGUGGACACGCAGAGCUUCCGCAGGGCGAGUUCGGCGACAGCAUGGAGCUUCAGCAGCAGCGCGACGGCAUAGUUUUCGCCCAGGAGCUCCCUGCGGGGCUCGAGGAGACCUCGGACUACUGCGACCAGGAGAUGAUCGGUACGGUGGUGCUGGACAAGCAGAUGAGUGCAUUCGUGCGGAAGCCGAAAGCGCAGCUGCACGACACGAUAGUUGAGCUUAACACCUUGCAGGAGGAGAAGUUGCAGGACAAGAUGUUGUUCGACCGGGCCGCCGUGGUGGACCAGCGAGAGGAGGGCCGGGAAGACGACAAGGAUGAGAAGGCGGUGCAGAUGGUCGUCAGGAUAUGGGGCGCCGCGCUCUGCACUCUUAGGGGCGCCGAGGCGGCGCCGCCGCGUGCGGCCGCCCGCCUCGAGGCGUCGCAGAGCCUCUCGCGCCGCCGCCUGCGGCGCUACCCCGCCGAGGCCCCCCAGCGGGGUUCUGGCUGGAGGGUAGCCGCGGCGGGCGCGUCGCUGCAGGUGGGUGCGAGGGCAGCGGCGGCAGACAAAGGUGCGACUGGAUGUCGGGCAGCUCUCCUGCGAUGUGGGGUAUGCCUUGCAGAAGCCAUCGACGUCGCACUGCUUGCCGUGCUCGGCGGGGCAGCACACUGCCACGGGGCAGAGCCCGCGGAUGCCACCACGGAGCGGACCGGGAGGCCACGCCUCGACAGGGCCUCCCUGCUGUUGAGCCAUCGGCCGCCGCACUGCCCCGCCAAGCCUUCCGCGGCCGACUUGGCCUCCGCCAGGGGGGCCACCGCUCUGGGCCUCGGCAUCGUCACCGUUGCGAUCUCCCGGAUGGCCGCCUGGCAGUUGGCCGUGCAGGCCCGCCAGCGCUGGGAGGCGCUCCCGACGGGGCUGAGGGCCACUUCCGACUUCCUGCGGCAUCCUGUCAGAACGGAUGGCGCCCCCAGCGGUGACGCCCACGACGUGGCCAACGCUGACAGGCAGUCUGUUGUCCAGGCUGCGAUCGGCUGCAGUGCCCUCCUGUUCGGCUGCCAGGAGCGCUGGAGGGGCCUGUGCAAGGCCCUGCGUGGGCCGGUGGAGCACGUCGCUCUCGUGAACCACUUCCUGCCCCUGGAUGCGCAGGCCCAGAUCAAGGCCGACAGGGCCCUCCGGAGCCACGAGACCAUCCCGCUAGCCUGCCGCGUGGAGGCCAGGCCCCCCGGCGGCGCCGACGAGGAGGGCGACCUGCUGGUGUCGGGCGCCCCAGAGGACAUGGAGACGGAGCGCAUGCCCUGCUACUUCCUCGACGGCGCCUCGGUGCUGGCGGCGCUGGCCCUGGGCGCCAGGCCCGGGGAGUCGGUGCUCGACCUGUGCGCGGCGCCUGGGGGCAAGUCGUUGGUGCUGGCCACCGCGAUGUUCUCCGGAGGAGGGGCUGGCUGCGCGGGCGGCAGGCUUGUGUGCAACGAGCCGUCCAGGCCCAGGGCGCAGAGGCUCCAGCGGGUGCUGUCGUCCUCUCUGCCGGAGGCGCUGAUGGGCCCGGCUGGCCGCGUGUCCGUCACCACGGCAGAUGCAGCGAGCGGCAGCCGGCCGGUCGCCAUCGAGCGGCUCGGGCCGUACGACCGCGUGCUCGUGGACGCGCCCUGCACGUCGGACCGGCACCUCGCUCACCAGGGCGCCGCCGCGCUCUCGAGCUGGGCCGCGGGCGCGGUGAAGGCCAACGCGUCACGGCAGCUGGAGCUGCUGAGGACGGCGGCGUCGUUGGUGAAGCCCGGCGGGCUGGUGCUGUACUGCACGUGCGCGCUCUCCGAGCAGGAGAACGAGGGCGUGAUCGCGAAGUUCCUCAAGAGGCACCAGCACGCCUUCGAGACCGAGCCGUGGGAGGAGUCGGACGUGGCCCCGAGCGGCGACGCCGCGGGCCCUCCCACGGAGGCGCCCGGCGCUGCGGCCGGGCCGGCCGAGGGCGCCGCGGCGGCCAGCGGCCCCGGCUUCGCGCUCCCCGCUGGCGCGGACCUCGGCGCCGCCGGGGCCCUCAUCCUGCCGGACCGGUCGGGCUUCGGGCCCAUGUACAUCGCACGGCUGCGCCGCAGGCCGUAG